ACAUCGUCGAAGUUAACGAUCUCCAUGUGUUUUAUAUAAAUGUAUCAUAUAAAUGAGCUAUUCAAUGUUUGGUACAAUAAGAGGGGGGAGCCUUACGCCCACACCCGGACUACCUGGUAGGGAUGGUAGGGACGGUAAUGACGGCAGAGACGGCGUGGACGGUAGGGACGGCCAGAACUUCACAACCGAGAUGUUAGACCAUACACAAGAUCUAGACCUUUCAACCGACAGCACAGGUCAAACCCUCAUUAUCGAUAUAAGUAAAGCCCCCUUAGUCAUCCUAAGCUUCAUCAUCAAAAAUAAAAGGUAUGAGCAAGCCAUAACACACCCAAAGUUUGGAGUCGUAUACAGUGUCGACUUCUCUGACUCUUUAGGAACGACUGUGAUAUGCUUAGACGAUGGUAUAAUAAGAACCAUUAACAUUAUCAAAAAUAAAGACCUCAACCUACACCUCACCAAAAUAAGCUCUUAUCGCAUAUUAGGUCUUCAGGGGGCACAAGGCGCCAGAGGCCUUAAGGGAGACAAAGGAGAAAAGAGAGACCAAGGCAUACAGGGACUAAAGGGAGACAAAGGAGACAAGGGAGACCAAGGCAUACAGGGGCUAAAGGGGGGCAAAGGAGACAAAGGAGAGAAAGGAGACAAGGGAGACCAAGGACUAAAGGGAGACCAAGGAGUGUCAGCCACAGCGACGCCAAUCAUCACAGGGGAAGCAGCAUUCUCCCUUUGGAAUGUUGACGAUUACGUUGACACGGCCUUCGAUGUGACCGCUUGUGACAUGAUGAAAUUCGAGUUUGAGUACACCGCCAACAGGAAGACAAGCACAGUCAUACCCCUCGCCGCGGUAAAAACCGUAGGACAAAUACUCUCCUUCUACUCCAACGUUGAGAGAACGCAAGACCCAAGCUAUCGGUUCGACCUCAAAGUGUUAUGGAACUCCUCCCUCGAAAUUACCAUGAACAACAUGGCUAGUGACAAUAAACUUGUCGGUAUCCAGGGGCUAUAGUCCGGCGGCUCCGAUGUACCCCUCACUAGUCAACUCCUCGGAUCACACGACUUCGACCUAUGCCUCGACGUUGGAACCCAUAACGUACAAUGGAACCCAGCAACUGAGUGCUUAUGGGUGUGGUGCAGAGAGAAUGGGAUAAAGUCAAGACCAGCUAGGGUUGACACCAUCCCCUUCCAGAAAAACACCAACUUCGUGGGGUAUUUUGGUGAGUUUCGUUUGAUAGACGCUGGCAUUGAGAUCGUACGGCUCCCAAGUGAGGGAUUAUGGAAGGUCUCCAGAGUCGAUCAAA